UUACUAGAAGGAAUUUCAAUAUGAUUUAGCUUAAAAUAUUCAAUGGAUCAAGCUAAGCCUUUGUUUGGAUCAGAAUCCCCUUUUGACGGAAGAAAAGUACUCGUGAAACAUAUUUAGGAAAAAGUGUCUGUCCUUUUUUCUUUUGAAAAGUGCAGGAAAAUAUUAAAGAAAAUAAUUCUCGAUUUAUUUUUCAUUCGGAUCCAUAUGGAUUGAUUCGCAUUGGCGUGGAAUUAUUACGAGAGAAUGUAAAUUCUCGAAAACCAAACAAAGCAUAACAGAUGGCAUCAUCAACACAUCAGUAGCCACGUGAGCUUAUAACACUGAAAGCAGCCACGCUUUUCAAUACUUCUUAUUACUAUUAAUCAGUUCUUCCAAUUUAUUAAUUAUCCACGUUUAAUUUAAUUCAUUAAAUAUAUAAUCACCACUACCACUACCAUUGCCAUUAAUAUUUCUUCUUAAUCAUAGCUCCUAACUUCUCUCCAACUGUUUUCUUUCCUAUUGGUCUCUCCCUCCAUUUUUCUGCAACUUCCUGUGAUCUCUCCCUCUGUCUCAACUCUCACCUUCUUCAGCUCCAUUUUCUUUUAUCCUUCUCUUUCCCCCUUUUCAAUUUUGUUUCCCUGAAAAAUAACAUUUUGAAGUCAUGAAAUAUUCACAGACCAUGGCGUCUCGCUCAAAGCACCAACCAGAGAGCAAAAGUUGGGCUGAAACCUGUUGUUGUUUGGGUUGUUCGUCCCUACAGCUGUUUUGGCCCAGAGUAGUUAUUCGUAAAUGGCUCAAUAUCACUGCCAAAGAUUCUGAUUACAGCGCCGAUACUGACUCCGAUUGUGACGAUGACGACGACAUUGGUUCUCUUUGUGAUACCCAAGAAUUUUCUCAUUUGGGGGGAGAAUCGCGGUUUAAAAGUAACAGAGGAGAGGAUAUUCAGGGUGAUUCUACCAAUGAUGCUCUUCCAAGGUUAAGGAGACGAAAAUCAGAAACUUUUAGGACACAGUAUAUAAAUAACAAGGAACUAAGGAUAUGUGUUGGUACAUGGAAUGUCGGAGGAAAACUUCCACCUGAUGACUUAGAUAUUGAUGAUUGGAUUGAUACUGAUAACCCUGCUGACAUUUAUGUGUUUGGUCUUCAGGAGAUUGUACCAUUGAAUGCUGGGAAUAUAUUUGGAGCUGAAGAUAACCGCCCGGUUCCACGGUGGGAAAACAUUAUUCGUGAUACACUGAAUAGAAUUCGACCAACAAAGACCAAAAUUAAAUGCUAUAGUGAUCCCCCAUCUCCAUCAAAAUUUAAACCGUCUGAUGAUGUGCCAGAUAUUGAAGAGGAGAUAUUACUUGAAAGUGAUAGUGAUAUUGGAGAGGAAAUUCAUCCUUUUGAUGAAGAAUCCAAUGUCUUGCAUGAAGACAAAGAUAGUCUAGUCAAUGAUAGUGGUAAAUUAGGUGUCUCAGAACAACAGGAUUUGGAGAGGCAAUUUUCUUCCCCAAAGAGAUUAGAUCGAUUAAAUUGCUUGCGGACAGAAGAUUCUGCUGGAGAUGUAGAAGUACUGGCAGUCCAAAACAACCGCAAGUUAACCAAAAUGCUAAGUGGCACUGAAAGGAUUGGUUUGAGCUGGCCAGAGCCCCAGUUAGACCUUCUGUCUCAGCAUGUGUUACAGAGACCAACUUCAUUCAAAUCAGUUAAAUCUUUCAAAACAAGCAAGUCUUUUGCAGCACAUAAUUCUUUCAAGUCAGUCACAAAUGAAAUGCAAUCAGAAUUAGUUUUGCUUGCGGACCUUGACCUUGAAGCCCUUAUGAAAAGGAAACGACGAUCAUCAUAUGUAAGGAUAGUAAGCAAGCAGAUGGUUGGAAUUUUCCUUACAAUUUGGGUUCGUCGGAGCUUGCGUAAGCAUAUUCAGAACUUAAAGGUGUCUACUGUUGGUGUCGGUGUCAUGGGCUACAUUGGUAACAAGGGAUCAAUAUCAGUCAGUAUGUCUAUAUAUCAGACCCUUUUCUGUUUUAUAUGCACUCACCUGACAUCAGGUGAGAAAGAUGGAGAUGAACUCAAAAGGAAUGCUGAUGUGCAUGAAAUACUCAGAAGAACUCAAUUUCGCACGAUUUCUGGAAUCGGGCUUCCAAAAAGCAUCCUUGAUCAUGAAAGAAUUAUUUGGCUGGGUGAUUUGAACUACCGCAUCAACUUGCCAUAUGAAAAAGCACGUGAACUAAUCUCCCAAAAGGAGUGGUCCAAGUUAGUAGAGAGGGACCAGCUUGUGCGAGAACUAAGAAAAGGUCGUGCUUUUGAUGGAUGGGCUGAGGGUAAAUUAAAUUUUGCACCAACUUACAAAUAUGAGAUGAAUUCAGACAAAUAUUAUGGAGAGGAUCCUAAGGCUGGGAGGCGUGUUCCAGCAUGGUGUGAUCGCAUCCUUUCCUAUGGAAAGGGAAUGAAGCUAUUGAAUUACAGGAGAACAGAGCUCAAACUCUCUGAUCAUCGACCUGUGACAGCCACAUAUAUGGCAGAGGUUGAGGUAUUCUGUCCUAGGAAACUACAGAGGGCACUCACGUACACAGACGCAGAGAUUGAAAAUGAAAACGAGAAUCUUGUAGAAGAAAACAUUGAUGUUGGUAUGAGCUACUUGAGAUUAGAGCAGGAAUUUUGUGCAUGGGAGCGGUGAGGGAAACUACUUGAUGUAAGGGUGAAGUAGCUGAGAAUCAGAAUCCUGCUGUUAUUGCUACAUAGAAACUUAGAUUCAUUCUUUUGGUUUUGCAUUUUUUCAUGAUAUUGUAUAUUACAGUUAUUGCUAGCGUGUCAAUGGUAGAGGUUUUAGCUUAGGGUUUAUAGGAAUGUGCAUAUAGAAUGUAUCGCAGUUUGGUUUUGUGUGUGCAUUAAUGUAUGUAAUAUGUGAAUUUAGAUAUCAAUCCAAUCUCACAGGUUGUACAUUAUAUAUAUAUAUAUUUGAGGUUUAUUUAUUUUUA